AUGUCCCGGAAAUCUGCAGGGCCGGUAGCACUCGGAAGCAAACAGAUUCCGGAAGGCGCAGAAAACUGUUUGGCGGGUUUGACCUUCGUCUUCACGGGAGACCUCAGCUCAAUAUCGCGUGAUACAGCGACGGAUUUGGUGAAGCGGUAUGGCGGGAAAACAACCACUGCGGCAAGUUCCCGAACUUCAUACGUCGUAGUUGGAGCGGAACCUGGGGAGUCGAAAAUGAAGAAAGUCAAAGAACAUAAUAUCAAGACGGUGGAUGAAGACGGCUUCUUCGAUCUCAUCCGGACGCGACCAGCCGCAUCUAGCUCGCCCGCUAAGGGAUCCACGGCGAAAGGCAAAGCGAAAACAUCUGCCGCGGCGACAGCUGCGGCUUCGAAAAUCACACCUGCAGCCGCACCCUUAGACGGUAACGAGCAGCUCUGGACGACAAAAUACAAACCUCGUUCAUAUUCGGAUAUCAUCGGAAACAAAACCCUCGUGCAAAACCUGGCAGCAUGGCUGAAAGACUGGGAAAAGAACCGGAAGAACGGCUUCAAGCGAAUGGGUGGGCAAGAGUUCUCCGCCAACCGUGCGGCAUUGUUGUCCGGACCUCCCGGUAUAGGGAAGACUACCACCGCCCAUCUAGUGGCUGAGAUGGAGGGCUUCAAUGUGCUGGAGCUGAACGCUAGUGACACCAGGAAUAAGAAGGCGCUUGAUGAGACACUAGGGACGUACGCCGUUACAGAGUUCUUCCUCCCAGAGAACCAGGCUGAUGAGGCGCCCAAAGGAAAGGAACAGGCUGCGCCCGUCGAGAGAAAGAAGCAGAUUGUGAUCAUGGACGAAGUGGAUGGCAUGUCCGGUGGCGACAGAGGGGGUAGCGCGGAACUGAUACAGCUGAUCAAAAAGACGAAGGUCCCCAUAAUCUGCAUCUGCAAUGACAGGCAGUCGGCCAAGGUCAAGUCGCUGGCCAACUACUGUGCUGAUUUCAGAUUCCGAAGGUGCGGGCGGAAGUUCAGGUGCUCAUUCCCCGUGGAAAGUGCAUGUGCUCACAAUAUCAAUAGGGAAGGGUUGGAGUUGAAGCCCAAUGUGGUCACCGAACUGACGAGCAGCACGGGAGCGGAUAUCCGGCAGAUCCUCAACCUGCUCUCCACUUACCGCUUAGGAAGUGGAGUGAUGAACUACGAUCAAUCGAAGGACUUGGCACGAUCUGCCGAGAAGAACACAACGAUAUCCCCAUUUGAAGCCACUGCGAACCUUCUCGGCGGCGGGUCGUUCAAUAACAUGCGAUUCUACGAGAAGAUGGAGCUGUAUUUCCACGACUAUAGCCUGAUGCCGCUCAUGAUCCAGGAAUCAUACAUCAAGACGCAACCCGCAAUAGCUAGGUCUCUGGGCGGAGCAAAUCCGAAAAAAGUUGCUUUGGAGCACUUGCUCUGCCUUUCCAAUGCGGCCGACUCGAUAUCACAGGCUGACAUCCUUGACAACGUUCAACGAAGCUGGAGUCUCAUGCCGUUGCACGCUGUGCUCUCGACCGUCCGGCCCGCAUUUUUCACACAUGGGUCCAUUGGAGGCCCUACUGGAUUCCCUAGCUGGCUGGGUCAGAAUUCGAAACAGAUGAAAAACACACGACAACUGCGGGAGAUUCAAAGUCACAUGCGGCUCCACAUUUCUGGCAAUAAGCGGGAGGUGCGACUCAGCUACCUGCCUGCUCUGGCCCCGGCCCUGGCUCAACCUUUGAUCAAGCAAGGAGCGGAUGCCAUUGAAGAUGUCAUCCAAGUCAUGGAUGAUUACUACCUCAACAAGGAAGAUUGGGACUCAGUCAUGGAGUUGGGUCUAGGUCAACUGUCGAUGGCCAAGCUUGCUAACAAGAUUCCCACCGCUGUGAAAUCAUCGUUCACGAGGAUUUACAACAAAGGAACCCAUCCAACAGCGGUGGUCAGCCUUCACGUCUCGAAAGGGAAAACCAAAGCGGCCGCGGGCCCUGCACCAGAUCUAGAGGACAUUGUAGAAGCCGAGGAGCCGGACAUGGAGGAAGACGACGAAGCUGAGGAUGAGGAUGAUAUUGCAACGGAUAGAAUGAUCAAGCAAAAGAAAGCGCCGGCGGCAUCAUCAAAGGCGGCUGCGCCGGCUGCUGCGAAGGGCAGAGGAAAGGCUAACGCAUCGUCUUCUAAGAAGAAAUAG